CACACCCCAGGAAUUUAUAUAUAUAAACACGAACACAAACUGCGAAUUUCAGAAACUAGAGUCUUCCUCUUGCUCCCUCUUUCAUUUGCGCUUAUCACAGGUUCUUUUUUGUCGGCAAGUAAUGACUUCGGAUAUUUAUACGGAGCGCCCGUUGUUCGGCGGCGCAAUAUCUAGCACAUUCCCUUCUAGAUUCCAGGACGUGAGCAAUGUUCGGCAAGUCCCUGAUCAUCAGGAGGCGUAUGUGGACCCUGCCCGGGACGAGAGCCUAAUCGUCGAGCUCUUAGACUUCAAGCAUGAUGUUGGAGACAAUGGAAGUGCUGUCUGGUUUCUUCAAGACCUUGCCAAUGAACAGGAAGCAGAAGGAGUCGUGGUGAUUGAGCAAUCUGGUGUGAUUGAGGCCCCUGGAUUGUGUUACAGAAACAUACCUGCUGUCGUCACAACUGCAGUUGGUCAGAUGGCCAUUUCUAAGGGAAGGCAAGGAAGGCAAGCACAAAACACUGUUAGGGUGUACUUGGCAAAUCUGCGUCUUAAGGAAGUUGAUACUGAUGUGCUAAUUACUGCAUAUGAGCCCAUUCAUAUAAACCCUUUGAGUGAAAGCGCCAGCACAGUUGGCGCUGGUUUAGCUGUUCCUGCCACACAAACUGGAUGUAUGCCAAUGGCUGAGGUUUUUAAACUCGCAGUCUCUAGCUUCAAAGUUCAUGACUGGAGCCUUUUUGGUUCUGCCGUCUAAGAUGUGUUCGAGGGAAAUCUACUGAGAACAAAGUUUUGAGGUUGUCUUGGGGAGUCCACACUCGGACGCAUGUUUUUGAAAGUAGUUUAUUUCUGUCUAGGCAUUACAGUCGAUGUUCAAGAGUAGUAGUAGUAGUAGUGAGCUUUUUGUUUGAACAUAAAUGGCAGAUUCCCAUUUAGCGAUGGGCAGUGGAAAUUCUCACAAGCCCAUUCCAUUGUUGUCUUUUCCAUUUCUGUGAAGUGUCAAGUGUCAAGUGGGAACCUUUCCUUUGAGUCGUUAAAACAGUUUGUUUGGGCCUCAAUUUGGUCUCAGUUUGAAAGUGAGAAUAUAGCUCGCACACUUCACCAA